UCGAUGUUCUCAAAGGAAAAGAGAAAGUCUCGGCGAAUUCACCUCUGCUAAGCGUCUUGCAAACUUUCUGAACUUUAACCCCUUUGCAAUGAAACUUUCCAGGCGUGGUAUCUGCAUCCAGGUUUCAUAUUCCUUCACCAAUACUUCGAGGCACAAAGGAGCUGGUAAAGGCAUUGCCAUGAAACCAAACUUGAAGCAAUGGAAACAACUCAUGCUGUUUGGUAUCUUUGCAUGGGGUCUGCUUUUCUUGGUGAUAUUCAUCUAUUUUACAGAUAGCAACACUGCUGAACCAGUUCCAAGUUCCUUUUCUUACAUUGAAACUAAGAGACUUCUGCCCCUUCAGGGCAAGCAGAGAGUCAUCAUGGGAGCCAUCCAUGACCCAUCAUUCUCUGAAACCAUUGAUGGGAAUGAGGUUCUUCUUAAUGAAGAUCUCAUAGGUACUUUUAAAUCAGGGACUGGAAAUUCUAAGAAAUGGACUGUAUUGGAAGAGGCCUUUAGAAAUGAAGAUGAGUUUUUUCCACCCCAGUUAGGAAGAAAAUCAAAAAGUGCUUUCUACCAAGGGAACGAUGAUUAUUUAUUUGCUGCUGGUCAGCCGUCACACCACCACCUUCAAGAGAUAGAAAAAUUCAUUUCAGCUGACAUGAAUAAUCCAAAAGGAAAUAUUUUACAGAACAACUGGAGCCAUCAGAGAAGAAUGAGGAGAAGGAGCACAAAGCAUAGGAGAGGCCAGAUGCUUGAUGAAUCUGAUGACUGGGAUGGGCUGUAUUCCACAAUGUCGAAAUCCUUUCUUUACAAGCUUUGGAAAGGGGAUGUCUCUUCCAAGAUGCUAAACCCUCGACUGCAGAAGGCGAUGAAAGAUUAUUUGAGUACCAAUAAGCAUGGGGUGCGGUUCAAGGGGAAACGAAACUCCAAGUUGACAGGAGACCAGCUAUUCUGUGAGCUAAAAGAAAGAGUGAAUGUGAAAACAAUAGAUGGCAAGGAGGCUCCCUUCUCCACUCUUGGAUGGGAAAAGCACGUUCCCCAAAUUCCACUGGGCAAAUUAUAUACACAUGGCUUUGGAAGCUGUGCAGUAGUUAUGUCUGCUGGUGCAAUACUGAACUCCUCUCUAGGGGAUGAAAUAGAUUCUCAUGAUGCCGUUUUAAGAUUUAAUUCUGCUCCAACACGUGGCUAUGAAAAAGAUGUUGGAAAUAAAACAACCAUGCGGAUCAUUAAUUCUCAGAUUCUCACCAAUCCAAACCAUCACUUUGUCGACAGCUCCUUGUAUAAAGAUGUUAUCUUAGUAGCCUGGGAUCCUGCUCCCUACUCUGCAAAUCUGAAUGUGUGGUAUAAGAAGCCAGACUACAAUCUGUUCACUCCCUACGUACAGCAUCGCAGGAAGAAUCCAACCCAGCCAUUCUACAUCCUCCAUCCAAAGUUUAUAUGGCAGCUCUGGGACAUCAUUCAGGAGAACACUAAAGAGAAGAUACAGCCCAACCCUCCUUCUUCAGGGUUUAUUGGUAUCCUGAUCAUGAUGUCCAUGUGCAGUGAGGUGCACGUGUACGAGUACAUCCCCUCGGUGCGGCAGACAGACCUGUGUCACUACCACGAGCUCUACUACGACGCAGCUUGCACCUUAGGGGCUUACCACCCACUGCUCUACGAGAAGCUGCUGGUGCAGAGGAUGAACAAAGGUCUGCAGGAUGAUCUGUAUCGCAAGGGGAAAGUCAUUCUGCCAGGGUUCAAAGCUGUCAAGUGCCCCAAACGAAGUGAUUUCUCACACUUGUAGAAGUGAGUCUCUCGGACACCAUGUGCAAUAAGGUACUACUGUCGUACUAUAAACAAGAAGAGAAUACUUGAAAAAAUAUAUCUUAGACCAAUCUAGUCUUGAGUCUAUAAAUUGUAAUUAAGUAGCAGGCAUGAGAAAUACUUCUUUUCUGAGCCUGAGUAUUUAUUACUGCUUUGCAAAUAGUUACAGAAAAAAAGCAAAGGCUUAGCUCAUGAAGGUGCAAAGGACAUAGUUAGGCAGAAAUAUAAUGUAUUGUUGUUGGUGUGACUGUCAGAAUCUGUCGGUGGUCUCAUGCCACGUAUGCUAGACUGUAAUUUUUUUUUUUACAUGAAUUUAUUUAAUUGUCAAACCUGGCAUUGUGAAACAGCCUCUAUUGUUCAUGUAUGUAGAGAGCGGCCAGUUGAACAAUGCAGCAUUUCCCAUGGCUCCACGGGAUUUUCACACUCUCCCAGAAUGAAAUAAUUGCUGCUCCAAGCUGUGCAGUCAUUCACUAGAGCAGAAUUCAGUGCCUGUUCCUCUGCAGGCUCAGUUCCAGCCCUUCAGCUGAACUGGGGCUAAGGGUGGUCCUGAGGUGCGUGCAGCUGGAGAUGGCUGUACACAGCUAAACCAGUUAAACUACUGGAUGUAUUUUUGGAUGCCAGUCUCCCAUGCUCACUCUGACUGAAGAGGGAAGAGAGAAAUAUCUCAUUUCUUGAGAGAGAAAAAAAGAGCAUAUUUGUAACCAAAUUAGGAAGGAAAAACUCUCCCUGAAAGGACUGUUGGGAAGGUGAGAGAUGGAAAUGCUGCCUUCCCCCAGUCUGCACAGAUACAAAAGAUCCAGAGAAAGCCAAGGGAGGCUGUGCAGCAUUCACCCAUCACACUGAAAGCAAGCAUAGAGGGAACUCACCUCUUGUCAACAAAGAUAGCAUUCAGAAAUUACAGACAUACAAACAUUACAUAAUACAGACAUUAUUUGUUAGGUAUUUCAUUGGUAUCUGAAUCAAAGCUACUUGUUCACAAGUUCUUGCUGUUCAGAAAGGAGAAGUUUUCUGACAAAAGAAGAUGUUAUCAGCAUUUUUUACUUAAUGCUUGAAAGACUAUAACCCAGAAAAGCAGUAAUGCCUGCAAAAAACCUGACUAUGGAUUGCAUAAGGAGAUGGUUUGACAUUUUCAUUCAUAACACAUAAGGACAAUACUAUUUAAGGCAAUUCUAAAAAUUAAUGGUCUGGAGUAGUUUUCUCUGUUUUUUGUUUUGUUUUUUUCCCACCUGACUGUAGAUUUUCUUUUAGAGCAAGUUCAGCAGGAAUAUGUGUACUCAAAAGCACAGCUAUAUCCUACUCAUGUCCCUCCAGUAAAAAAGCAGACAGCUCAAAGGGACAUUGAAAAAAAAUGGCUGACUGAUUGUGGUGGAAAGUUUUAUUUUGUGUUUUGACUUAAGCAAAAAGCCUUUUGCCAGAAAGUAAAAAAGAAAAAAAAAACCAAACCAAACAACAUUAAUGACUAUUUCACCUUCAAUUGUAAUGUAAGUAUAAUCACAGAAUCCUUUUUUUCUCACUCAGCUCUUUGGGAAGCACUAGGAAGGAUCUGUUGGAAGGAUCAUUUUCCUUCCUCAAAAUGAAGAAUAUAUGUCUUACAUAGGGACUUAGCUUUCUUUUUGGGCUUUAUGAUGAUCUUAAGUUUCUUCUUGUUGACAGAAAUUAUGUGUAGAUGAUCUUAUACUGUACUUCUGUGUUGUAUGGAUCAUUAUGUCCAUAAGGCAUUUUGGUACACAUCAAAAUUAAUAGAUUUUACUCAUACUAGCCUUGGACUCUGGAUAUAGUACAUGCCAAUUUCUUUUUAAUGUUAUGUGUGGUGGCAACUUUUAUUCUUGAAGUUAAUAACAUUGUUAUUUAAAUGCAUGGAGGAUAGAUAGCCUACACAGAACUAAUCUAUUUUUCCAUAUGUUUGGUACUCUGUUUGCAAAACAUAAGCAAUCUGAACAGUGCAAUCAAAUAUGUCUCUCUCUGCUGUACCCUGGGUUAGCUACGACAUAACUGUAAAGAAAGAGAGUUUUGCUUUCUAAGACUAGUGAACAUGCUACUUUUAAUAAGCAGGAACUUCUAGAGUUCCAAAAAGAAAAAAAGAAUCACUUUGACUGGCCUGCAACCACUAACUUUUAACUUUGAUUUUCAUAAAGAAGAAAAAUACUAAUUGCAUUGCUCAACUACCCACAGCAGGAUUAUGUAGUAUUAUUUAUUCUUUCAAUAAUUUGUCACAAUAAUCAACAUAGAUGUUGGUUAUACAGAACAAGGCAAAUUUAUAAAGUUUCGUGUAACAAGUGCUAAGCAUACCUACUUAGUACAUCAUUUAUAUAUAUGCCAAUGCAGAACCAGAUCUGAGAUGUUAUAUAAUGAACUGUAUAUUUUUAAUUUACUGGGCUGCACACUCAAGUCUUUGCAGCCAAAAUUUUCUCUUUGCCACCAAAAUUUUCUCUUUGCCAUAUCCUUCUUUAUAUGGCAGAAGAUGCUGCAGCAGUUUGCUCUCAGAGAAGGAAGACCAACCUGUGAUGCCACCUU